GGAGCUGCGACUUGCUUACCUGCAUGAUCCUUACUGCGGGUGGAUCAUGGUUACCGAAUCGGCCACUGGCAGUCUACAUCUAUGCAAGUGGAAGUGAUGGAAGUGAUGGAAGUGACUGGAAGUGAAUGAAACAAACCUUGAGUGCAUUCAUGACCCCAUCAGAGUUUUGACUCUCCGUCACCACUUUGCUUUUCUCCUUUACAGUUUCAGAUUCUGUUUCUGUUCCCUUCCCAGACUGGCCGGGCUGUCCAUCACGCACCAUGGCCAUCGGCAACAUCUACGUGAUCGCGGCCAUCGCCGUCAUUGGCGGUGGUCUUUUCGGUUUUGAUAUCUCUUCUAUGUCUGCCAUCAUCAACACAGACGCAUAUCUGUGCUACUUCCAACAAGGCCCCUUAAAAACCAAUGACAAGGGGGAGCAAGUGUGCAGUGGUCCUACUGCUGACGUCCAGGGUGGUAUCACCGCGGCCAUGCCCGGUGGCUCCUGGCUCGGUGCGCUGGUUUCGGGGUUCCUGUCUGAUAUUUUUGGCCGCAAGACGACGAUCCAGAUCGGGUCUGUUAUUUGGUGCAUUGGCUCCAUCAUCGUUUGCGCCGCGCAGAACAUCCCUAUGCUCAUUGUCGGCCGCAUCAUCAACGGAUUCAGUGUCGGAAUCUGCUCUGCUCAGGUUCCCGUCUACAUUUCUGAACUGGCACCACCCACCAAACGUGGCCGCCUCGUCGGGCUCCAGCAGUGGGCCAUCACUUGGGGCAUCAUGAUCAUGUUCUACAUCUCCUACGGAACCAGCUAUAUCGACGGUACAGCCGCCUUCCGCAUCCCUUGGGGUCUGCAAAUGAUCCCGGCCGUCCUCCUCUUCUUCGGCAUGAUGGUCCUUCCUGAAUCCCCCCGCUGGCUCGCCCGCAAAGACCGCUGGGAAGAGUGUCUUGCGGUUCUCACCCUCGUCCACGGACAUGGCGAUCCCAACGCUCCCUUCGUCGUUCGCGAAUACGAGGAAAUUAAGGCAAUGUGCGAAUUUGAGCGCAACAAUGCCGACGUCAGCUACCUCGAACUUAUCAAGCCGAACAUGAUCAACCGCACACAUGUCGGUGUCUUCACGCAGAUCUGGUCCCAACUGACCGGAAUGAACGUCAUGAUGUACUACAUUACCUAUGUCUUCGCUAUGGCUGGACUCCAGGGGAACAACCUCCUCGUGUCGAGCUCCAUCCAGUACGUUAUUAACGUCGUUAUGACCAUCCCUGCCAUUCUUUGGGUCGACCGCUGGGGCCGCCGCCCUACCCUCCUCCUCGGCGCUGCCGGAAUGCUCGCAUUCCUGUUUGCCAAUGGCGGUCUCAUGUCUAGCUACGGACACCCCGCUCCCCCCGGCGGCCUCGACGGCAUCGAGCAGCAAAGCUGGAUCGUGCGCGGUCCCCCCUCCAAAGCCGUCAUCGCCUGCACCUACCUCUUCGUCGCGGUGUACGCGAUCUCCUGGGGUCCUGUGUCUUGGGUGUACCCGCCCGAGCUGUUCCCGCUCCGCGUCCGCGGCAAAGCCAACGCCCUCUGCACCUCGUCUAACUGGGCCUUCAACUUCGCGCUCGCGUACUUCGUUCCACCGGCGUUCGUAAACAUCCAGUGGAAGGUAUACAUCAUUUUCGGUGUCUUCUGCACGGCCAUGUUCCUGCAUGUCUUCUUCAUGUUCCCCGAGACGGCAGGUAAGACCCUCGAAGAUGUAGAGGGCAUUUUCACGAAUCCGGCUGGGAUCAAGUACAUUGGAACGCCGGCUUGGAAGACGAAGAAUGAACGGGGUCGUGCCGCGAUGCUGGAGCAGACUGGCUUUGAUGUCGAUGAGGAGAAGAGAGCGGAGGCUGUUGCCGUGCAUGAGGAGUCCCAGCCGAAAUGAAUUCAUUGAGCUAUGCCCU